UGUGACUGCCCACCUCCAUAUGAUGGGAGAACAUGUGAAAUCAGACAGAACCCAUGUGUCUGGCCUGCAGAGCCAGGUCCAUGUGAGGAGAAGUUGCUGAGAUAUUACUAUGACAAAAUGUCACAACAGUGUCUUCCCUUUAUAUUUUCAGGUAUACAUUUUCCUGUCAUAGUGUCACCCUCAUUCUGUUGAGCUAAUAAUUUUUUUUUGAAAGCUUCUAUUUACAACAAAUUUUCUAUAAUAUAUAUAAAAUAUGUAAUUUCAUGCUACAUUUGUAGCUCUUUCUUUCUUUUUAACUGAAAGAAAUAAGAAUCCUGUCUUUGUAUACCUUUUAUUUUAAGCUCCUAAAACAAAAAAUCUUAAUGUGGAUCAACUUAAAAACUAUUACCUAAAGCAAUUUUCAAAACAAUUAUCAACCUUUUGUUUCUGAAAUAAAUUUUUUUUAUGAGAUUGGAAUAAAUUGCUUUAGGAUGUGGAGGGAAUGUCAACAACUAUCACAAUCUUGAAGAGUGCACAAACAUUACCCUCAGGGGGGCA